AAGAGAGAAGAACGGAACACAGAUCACCUGAGAGUCAGAUAGAGAGACUGUGCGGGCGAGAGAAACAAGUAAAGUCAAGAAGUCCGAGAAAUUAUUUUAAAACUGGCUGCUUAACGGCUUAUUUUCUGCUUCUAAUGUUUUGACCAUUGUUCACACGCGGUGCGAAAGAGUUUAAGAGUUUUAACUGGGGUAACAGAUUUCACGAAUUUCGCACCUUUCUUUUUGUUUACUGGCUGGUUGCAUUCUCUUGAAGAGGUUCUCCAACCUGGAGGUCAAUUGCCUUGAGUUGUAAUUCAAUCGCGUACGUAGUUUCAGUGAGCCGUCACUGUCAUCAUCCAACCUCAACAAAGGAGUUAUCCUGGAUUUUUUCUGGUGGUGGUUGCGUCAGAAGGGACCGGGACCCAGUCCCCGACGUCGAUACCAGCAGCAACAGCAAGAGAGAUCUCAACAACAUCGUCAUCGAAAAACCCAUCGUUCCAUUGGUACGAAUUGCCACAACAAUAACAACGACGAAAACAAUAUGUUAGGGGCCGCUCAGGAUCAACUGGCGCCCAUUCGACUUAGUGGCCAUACCUUGGACAAAGCCACCAAAGCCAAAGUGACGCUUGAGAAUUAUUACAGCAAUCUCAUCGCUCAGAAUGUCGAACGACAGCAAAGACUCGCUAAGUUGGAAGAGACCUUGAGGGAAGAAGGUUUGACGGAGACGCAGAAACAGGAGAAACGUCUGCAACAUGCCGUCAAAGAGACUGAAUUCUUGCGACUGAAACGUUCUCGUUUGGGCGUCGAAGAUUUCGAACCUCUGAAGGUGAUCGGUCGAGGGGCGUUUGGAGAAGUGCGUCUUGUUCAAAAGAAAGAUACCGGCCAUGUUUACGCUAUGAAAAUCUUGAGGAAAGCUGACAUGUUGGAAAAGGAGCAGGUGGCUCACGUUCGAGCUGAACGUGACAUUCUAGCCGAAGCGGAUCACCAAUGGGUUGUGAAAAUGUAUUAUUCAUUUCAGGAUCCAGUAAACCUCUACCUUAUUAUGGAAUUUCUUCCUGGAGGUGAUAUGAUGACAUUGUUGAUGAAGAGAGACACUCUAUCGGAAGAAUGUACCCAAUUUUACAUCGCCGAAACGGCGCUGGCCAUCGAUUCUAUUCACAAACUGGGCUUCAUUCACCGAGAUAUUAAGCCGGACAAUCUCCUACUCGACGCUCGAGGUCACAUUAAGCUCUCGGAUUUCGGUCUUUGUACGGGCCUGAAAAAAUCUCACCGCACAGACUUUUACCGCGACUUAAGCCAGGCAAAGCCAUCCGAUUUUGCUCCGAGUAAUCCCAUGGACAGUAAAAGACGGGCCGAGAGCUGGAAGAAGAAUCGACGUGCGCUAGCCUACAGCACGGUGGGGACACCUGAUUACAUCGCCCCGGAAGUGUUUAUGCAAACGGGUUAUGGCUCGGCGUGUGACUGGUGGAGUUUGGGGGUCAUUAUGUACGAGAUGCUGAUCGGUUAUCCACCAUUCUGCAGCGAGAAUCCGCAAGAGACGUACCGUAAAGUAAUGAACUGGAGAGAAACCCUCAUAUUUCCACCGGAGGUGCCUAUAUCAGAAGAUGCUCGUCAAACCAUUUUGAGGUUCUGCUGUGAGGCAGAUCGACGGGCGGGAUCCCAACGGGGGCUGGAUGAUUUGAAAUCGUACAACUUUUUCCGAGGUGUCGAUUGGGAGCACAUUCGCGAAAGACCGGCUGCCAUUUCGGUCAACAUUCGCUCCAUUGACGAUACAUCUAACUUUGAUGAAUUCCCUGACGUCGACCUGAAAAUCCCUUCGGCACCUGAGCCUCCAAAAGAGGGUGACGUGUCUACAUACAAGGAUUGGGUGUUUAUCAACUACACGUUUAAGCGUUUCGAAGGAUUGACACAACGAGGUGUCCUCCCCUCGCACAUGAAAAAGUAGUAAAAAAUUUAAGAAAAAUUCCUUCCCCCCACUCUUUUUGCUAUCUGAGAUAUAAGAAAAAAUAUUUGUUGUUGGUUAACGGUUUUUUUAAAAGAACGAUCCACUUGCACUUUGUACCGUCUUAAAAACGAAUUCUACAAUUUUUUUUGUCCCCCGUCUUUUGGAUCCAUUCGACUUGUGUAGGGAAAAUCAACUAAAUUUAUCACAUACUCUGGAAAUCUUUCACUUAAAUUCUUUUGUUUUCUUCUUUUUCCCCACUGUGUCUCGAUCUCAUCUUUAUUAUUAUUUUUUUGAGGUUUUUCGCAAAAAGGAAAAAGCAGAUUAGCAACCAAAACCAAAACAUGAUUUGUAUAUAGAUAUUAUUCUUCUCCCAUUUUUCCCCCGUCAGAUCUGCUAUCCACCACUGCAACUCUUUGGAUUCUAGCUCAUCACUUCUACACCCCACAACAAAAAUCCUCCUGUUGGUAAGCAAUCAAAAACAAUUCUUUGUUCCUGGUGUAAAUGUAACAAUAAUAACAAAUAUAUGAUCAUAGCAUAUUAUUAA